AUGUCGGUGGCACAGAUGGUUCGCAUUGUCCUGCCCCAGAUGGUCAGCAGGGGCAAAGGUGUCAUCAUCAACAUGUCCUCCGUGGCUGGCUCUAGGAGCUCCCCUUUUUAUGCCUUAUACUCAGCUACUAAGGCCUUUGUGCGAAUCUUCUCAGAGGCGGUGUGUGCAGAGUACUUUCCUCAGGGUGUCACCAUCCAGACUGUGAGCCCCAUGUUUGUCUCCACUAAUAUGAUCAACAAUGCACAGACCGGGCUGCUCGUGAAGGACGCUGACGAGUUCGCCCGCGAGGCGCUGGACACGCUGGGUCUCUCCUCCCAUGUUUCGGGCUGCCUCAGGCACGCCGUGCAGAGCUUCCUGCUGCCUUUUGUCCUGCCCAAGUGGUUUCUGCACAGUCGCUGGGGAGUCAAACUUCUAGAUGCAGGAGACAAAUCCAAGCUGUUUCCUUUCGUUAAUGCCCGGACGAAUUAG